UGUGGACUGAGGGACUACCGUUUUACCGGACUUUGGGGGAAGGUUGCACUGCAUCUGGCUUCUUCUGCUGCCCAAUUUUUUGUGGAAUUGUUUCACCUGGCUUUGAAUCUGCCUGAAAAAUGCUGCUCCUACUACUUGGAAUCAUUAUCCUGCACCUUGCUGCUCUGGUUCUCCUCUUUGUAUCAACUAUUGUCAGCGCCUGGACAGUAGGGUCGACCAGCAGCUCAGAUCUGUGGUCGAACUGCUCCACAACCAACGGAGGGUAUCACUGCGACCCUGCCUUCGCUGGAGAGUGGAUCCAGGCAGUCCAAGCCCUGAUGAUCCUGUCCAUCAUCUUCAGCUUCCUCUCCCUCUUCCUGUUCUUCUGCCAGCUCUUCACCCUCCAGAAGGGCGGACGCUUCUUCCUCACCGGCAUCUUCCAGAUUCUGGCCAGUCUGUUCGUGAUGAGCGGUGCCAUCAUCUACACAGUUAUGAGCCCCACCUGGGUGCCGGAGACUGAGUCCUUCGGCUUCGCCUACAUCCUGGCCUGGGUGGCCUUCCCCCUGGCGUUGAUCAGCGGACUGAUCUACGUCAUCUUGAGAAAGCGUGAAUGAGGGGGGCCGCGUUCAAGCUGCAGGGCUUUCCGUUGCUACCAUACCAUACCGCGUCCAUAGCCAAGU